AUGGCUACCCACCCAUUUGACCCUAUCCGCCCAGACGAGGUCAGUCUUGCGGCGAGGGUUCUCCAGGCAUCAUUUCCUGGGGUAUCUCUACGGUUCAAAGUUAUCGAUGUUCAAGAACCCAUCAAGAGAGAUGUCGUGCCAUAUCUCGAAGCGGAGAGGCUGGGCACUCCCCUUCCCGCGAAACCAGCUAGGAUUAUCCAAUCCUUAUUUCAUAGGCUUGAUACCAAAGCCUUCUUGAAGGCUCUUGUUAAUCUGAGCACGAAGGCAGUGAUCACGGUGAAGGAAUUGCCCAAAGACGUACAGGGACCUGCGGACGUCGACGAGAUAAUAGAAAUCGAGCAACUCUGCCUCAAACACCCAGCAGUGCUCGCCGAAAUUGAAAAGUUGAAACUUCCACCCGGCGUCAUUGUUCUCAAUGACCCCUGGAUCUACGGCACUGAUGAUGAAAAUGAGACACGGAGGCUCUUCCAGUGCUACAUGUACAUAGCAGAGACGAACCACGCACAGGCAAAUCAUUAUUCAUUGCCACUCCCAUUUUCCCCAGUUUUCGAUUGCCUCACUCAGGAACUCGUGCGUAUAGACCGCCUCCCAACUGGGACGGACCAUUCAACUGCCCAAACCAGUCCGUGGAAGCCAGUCAAGGCGGUUGAGUAUGCCCACGACCUACUCAACGAACCGCUGAGAACCGAUCUUAAACCAUACAUCGUGCAACAACCCGAGGGCGCUUCGUUCUCCGUAAACGGCAAUAAAGUCCACUGGCAGAAAUGGGAUUUCAGAAUUGGUUUGAAUUCCCGGGAAGGCCUGGUACUGUACGGCAUCACUUACGAUAAGCGCAACGUCUUUUACCGCCUAUCUGUAAACGAAAUGACGGUUCCGUAUGGCGAGCCUCGAGCUCCGUACCAUCGCAAACAGGCAUUCGAUGCCGGUGAUGUCGGGUUCGGAAUUACAGCCAACACGUUAUCUCUGGGCUGCGACUGCCUAGGCCACAUAAAAUACUUCAACGGUUGUCGAACCGACUCCAAGGGUAACCCCGUCACCCUCGAAAACGUAGUCUGUCUGCACGAGCAGGAUGCCGGGCUUCAACACAAACAUACCAACUAUCGUACCGCCGGGGCUACUGUUGUCAGAAACCGCCAGCUUGUCGUGCAGAUCAUUUGCACGGUCUCCAACUAUGAAUAUAUCUUUGCCUGGAUCUUCGAUCAGGCAGGAGGUAUCGAGCUGGAAGUCCGCGCAACUGGAAUUCUUUCCACCAUGCCUAUUGACAAUGCGGAUGGCGCCACCGUCCCCUGGGGCACCAACGUUGGGCCUGGCGUCAUGGCCGCGUUCCAUCAACAUAUUUUCUCCUUGCGCAUUGACCCAUCCAUUGACGGAUACGAUAAUACCGUGAUAUAUCAGGAUAGUGUCCCAAUGGCCGACGACCCGGUCACAAACCCAUAUGGAGUGGGAUAUGUGACAGAAACAACCGUGCUGAACAAGUCUGGGACGGCCGAUACCAGCGUCGAGAAGCACCGCGUCUUCAAAAUCCGCAACGACAACGUCAUCAACCCCAUCUCGCGAAAGCCGGUCGCUUACAAACUACAAUCAGCGCCCAGCCAAAUGAUGUUGAUGAGUCCGCGCAGCUUCAAUAGGAAGCGCGCACAGUUCGCGACCAAGCCGAUUUGGGUGACUAAGUACCAAGAUGGAGAGCUCUAUGCUGCCGGCGAGUUCACGAACCAAAGCAAGAAGAGUUCUGGCGUCGAAGAGUGGACGAGGAGGAAUGAUGACACUGAAAACACGGACGUAGUAUUGUGGCAUUCGUUCGGCCUUACCCACAACCCACGCCCAGAAGACUUCCCCAUCAUGCCGGUCGAAAGGAUCAGCAUCAUGCUUAAACCAGACGGGUUUUUCGAGAAGAACCCGGCCCUCGACGUCCCCCCGUCCAACCAAGCCUUUAACCGCUCUCAGCUGCAUGAGGACGUGAAAGCCAGGGUCAACUCAGUAACUUCCUGCCCUUGCCCUGCAACAACGAAAGCCAAGUUGUAA